CCUUCUCUCUUCUCUUCCCAAAUCAUCACUGUUAGAUAUAUUUUGAGGAUCCAUGACAUCCAUCUUUCUCAGCCACCAUGAUCAAUAAAAUAAGAAAGAUAUAGUUAAGGAUUCAAAGUGAAUAAUAAAUUAACUAGUAUAUAUAUAUACUAGUUAGGUGGAUCGAGAUGGAUAGAAGGAGAGAAUCAUGGGAAGAAGAGGGAAAAGAAGAUGAGAAUUUGUUUCCAGUGUUUUCUGAAAGGUCCCAACAAGAUAUGUCUGCCAUAGUAUCUGCUCUUACACAAGUCAUGGGCGGCAACAAUAACAAUGAAAUGCAUGAAGCUUCAUCAAUCCAUAAUAUUGAACAAUCUCAGCCACCACAGCAAGAUCAAGGGAAUGUAAGACGAAGACACUAUAGAGGUGUGAGGCAGAGGCCAUGGGGAAAGUGGGCUGCAGAGAUUCGUGAUCCGAAGAAGGCGGCAAGGGUAUGGCUAGGAACAUUUGAAACGGCUGAGGCUGCAGCCGUUGCAUAUGAUGAAGCUGCACUCAGAUUCAAAGGAAGCAAAGCUAAGCUCAAUUUUCCUGAAAGAGUUCAAAGUGCAACAGAAUUUGGAUAUAACCAACAAUUUCAUCACCUAGUGUCUACUACAAGUAACGAGCAACAAUCCAAUCCAGUUCCUCUUCAACACUUUUCUCGAGAAACAUAUUCAAAUCCUUAUCAGUAUGCUGCACAAGCACAUCUUCAAGCUAGUGGAAGUAGCAACUUCAAUCAGGAUAUGCUUAGUUUCUAUGGGAGAGACAUGUUUGUUUCUAAUUCUCAACCUUUAUCAACUACAUCUCCGUCUUCAUCCUCAUCUUCUGGACUAUCUCAGCAGCAACAAGAGCUUCUGAGAUUGUCAAUGCAAUAUGGAGGUUCUUCUUCCUCUUCUGACCCUUCAAUGAAUUGGAGGGAUGACAUGGAUAGAAGACAAUGAAGAGGAUAUAUAGUUGAGCUGCUACCCAAGGUUUCUUUGUUUUCUUGCUUGUUUGUCACGACAUUUCAUUGGACCUGGAUCCUCUACCACAGGUUUUACGCGGUGCAAUGCCAUAGAGAAUGGUAUAUAGCAAAUUGCAGAAGGAUUCAUUUUGUAUUUUAAUUAUUUACUGUUUAUGUUUGAAUUUACUAUUUAUGUUUUUGAUGAAAUGUACUGCAUU